UAACGUCCACGGUGAUUUAUUCGAGUUUUUAUUUAGUUUUCCAUUCCUAUUCCAGGACGUUUGCUUCCAAUGGUGGAGUGGAAACGGUCCCAUUACAAAUUAAUUACUAUUCUGCCAUGUCAACUUAGGUUGCCUUAAAAAUAGCGACGCAAGUAUUAUAAAAGAAUCAUUCUAGCUUGUUCUACAAUAUAUCACGAUGGGCCGUCUUAAUUAUUUGUGGAAGAAAUUGACUCCGACAAAAAGCCUGGAGCAAUCCAGUGGCACUCUGGAGACUUCAUUUUAUGAGUCUGUAUAUCGUAUUGCUUAUUUAGCAGGGCUGUCGUCUUCAGAUUACGGCAUACUGUACAUAAUCUAUAGCACUUCGGUAAAAAUAAUGGUUGCAUUGUUCGUGAUCGGCGAACUGUGGUACGCCUCCACCGAGCCCUUGAGUCUGGACGAAAUUGCCGCUUGCAUCAAUGCCAUUGUUAUACAUCUCAUAACUCUGUACAAACUCAAGAAUUUGAUGGAUCAUAAAGAUGUUUACAAAAGACUUGCUACGUCCAUGGAGUCUCCAUUUUUCGAUGUUUCAACUAAACGACGACAAGAAAUCGUCAAUUUUUGGGUGCAGCGGCACGAGAGGUACUUGAAACUGCUUCUUGCCUUGGGAAAUAGCGCUCUUACCGCCUGGUACAUGUAUCCCCUCUUGGACGAAUUGGAGUACAACCUCAUGGUAGGAGUCUCCUUGCCCUUCAAAUACAAUACUCCGUUCCGUUACGUCAUCACCUACAUCCUCGUCGGCAUCGCCUUCAACUACACCUCCCACUUCUGCAUGGUAACAGAUCUCAUUAUGCAAUCACAUUUGAUACCCUUGAUCUGUCAGUAUAGUGUCUUGGCUGAUUGUUUUACCAAUUUGGUUAGUGAUUGCGAAGUUGGCUUUGAAGGAAUUGCUCGAGAGCAUUUGGUAAAUAAUAAAAAGUUUGUAAAAUUGUAUUUACGCAAAUUAGGCAAUUUGGUUGAACAACACAAAUUUAUUUUAAACCACAGUAUAGAGCUGAGAACCAUACUGAGUGUUCCAAUGCUAGGUCAGCUGGCGGCGAGCGGCAUACUUAUUUGUUUUGUUGGCUACCAAGCAACUACGACAAUUUCAGUAAAUAUUACAAAGUGUUUGAUGAGUCUUUUUUAUUUGGGUUAUAACAUGUUCACGCUCUACAUCAUCUGUCGGUGGUGUGAAGAAAUCACAAUUCAGAGCCAAAACAUCGGAGAAGCGAUUUACUGUUCGGGCUGGGAACAAGGCAUGUCGAAAAUACGUGGCGUUCGGACCACCAUCCUUUUGGUGAUGUUACGAUCCAGCAAACCCCUAAUAUUUAUCUACCAAUGCCGUUAA